AGAUAUAAUGUUAAAAUGAGGGGAUGAUAUUAUAAGGAUGUUAAGAUGAGCCGUCAUCUUGGGGACAAUGCUGGCUACGCUGUCACCUCUAAGGAGGGAUACCUUGAUAGAUACAAGAACUUUUUAAUGGGGUGGGGUACACGCUUUGUCAAGAUGGAUAGGAGUUACUUACACCACUUUGAUGCUAAAGACGCCCCAAACCCGGGUGGAUCUCUAGUACGAGGAGAGAUAACGAGGUGCUGUAUUAACCAUUCAUUUAAGGGAGCAGCAGGACCUUAUGUGUUUGAUGUGGUGUGUAGAAACGGAGCGACCUGGUACCUCAGGGCUAAAUCUUGGGAGGAUAUGGCUGAGUGGAUGUUGGCGAUAUUUCCCAACAGUAGGCAGGAACUAGACAGAGUGAGAGGAGGGACCUCCUCAGCUCUUCUCAACCCUCCUCCGCUUCUCCCCCCACCCAUGGCUCCUCAGAAUGUGCAACAGCAGAAUCAAGACUUUGGGGUGUACACCAGUGAACCUCCAGUGAAGAACCCUAACGCAGUGCCAGACAACAGUGGAGCUGGAAGUAGUGGGGGUAAGUGGCAAGAACCUGGUCCUAACAACACUAACACUCCUCCUUCUUACUCCGACCUUUUUGAUAAACACGACCCUGCUGUGCAGGGGAAACGGUAGAUUUGAGGUUUUGAAAACUUGUGGGGAAUACUUUGUAACAUCUUGAUCCGCUUUGUCUGUUCUAAACUUAGAGUUCUUUAUAGUUUAUACAGCCAUUCAAAACAUAUGGAUCCGAGCCACUGGCAAAUAUUUUCAUGUGUAAUUUGAGCAUAAUAUGUGCAGACUUAGAGGAAACAAUAGGUGACUAAUGGAACCCGAACUGGUGGUAUUGUCCAAUAACAAACCAGCAAUUAUGUCACGUGACCUGGUUCAAACACUACGAAUAAUGUUCUCACACAGUGCUGUGCCUAACCUUUUCAGACUUGUUUAUUGUAUUCGGUAACA